AUGCCGCGAUUACUAGAAAGCGAAAUUACAAAGUAUUUAGAAACUCUUGAAGAUUCAGAAGAUGGCUUAGACGGCUCGGACUCCGAAGUAGAGGAUGAAGGUCACUAUUAUCAAGCAGCUCGAGAUGUUCUUCGGGACCUUGAAAAUAGUGAUGAAGGUGAGAAUGCCCAGUCUGAUGAAGUGGAUGCUGAUCCUCCUCGCGUAAUUGACAACGAUCAAAAUAUGCCAGACCCUCCUAUUUUGGAAGCCGGAGAAGCAGUACCCCAGAGUAGAUCACAAGAAAUUUCUAAGCGACCUCUGGUUUGGCGAAAACGGAAUCUUGUUACUGCUAAAGACAGCCUUAUUUUUAGGGGAGAAACUCAGAUAACGGAAGCAUUGAUGUCUUGUAACACGCCGUAUGAUUUUUUUUCAUUUUAUUUUACAUCAGAUCUAAAAAAGCAAAUUGUAGAACAAAGUAACUUAUACGCGGCCCAGAAACAAAUAUCCAAUCCUGAAAUUAUAAAUGAAAAUAUCCUAAAUAAAUUCCUAGGCAUUCUGAUUUACACCUCAGUCAUAAAAUUUCCAAACACCAGGGCUUACUGGAGUGAUAAAUUUGGUUAUGAUCACAUAAAAAAUACGAUGCCGUUAAAAAAAUUUGAAAAAAAUAAGAUCCACUCUCCAUUUUGCCGACAAUACGCUAUGCUUACCCAAAGAUCAUCCAGACUAUGA